AUGGGUAUUUCUCGUGAUUCUCGUCACAAAAGAUCUGCUACCGGUGCUAAGCGUGCUCAAUUCAGAAAGAAGAGAAAGUUCGAAUUAGGUCGUCAACCUGCUAACACCAAGAUUGGUCCUAAGAGAAUCCAUGCUGUUAGAACUAGAGGUGGUAACCAAAAAUUCAGAGCUUUAAGAAUUGAAACUGGUAACUUCUCUUGGGCCUCUGAAGGGAUUUCCAAGAAAACCAGAAUUGCUGGUGUCGUUUAUCAUCCAUCCAAUAACGAAUUGGUUAGAACUAACACUUUAACUAAGGCCGCUAUUGUCCAAGUUGAUGCCACUCCAUUCAAACAAUGGUAUGAAGCUCACUAUGGUCAGACCUUGGGUAAGAAGAAGAAGAACGUUGAAGAAGAAGAAGCUGUUUCUAGAUCUAAAAAGGUUGAAAAGAAAUUAGCUGCUAGAGCCAAAGAUGCCAAGACUGAAGCUGCCGUUGAAGCUCAAUUUAACUCUGGUAGAUUAUAUGCUUGUAUUUCUUCUAGACCAGGUCAAUCUGGUAGAUGUGAUGGUUAUAUCUUGGAAGGUGAAGAAUUAGCCUUCUACUUGAGAAGAUUGACCACAAAGAAAUAA